AUGUUGUUUGAUACUGAUUAUUUGAUACCCGGUACGCCAGAGAUUCCGGUCUCUGUAAAAUCAAGGUUGGCAGGCGUCCUGAAGACGUUUCAUUUGUCGACCCGAAAAGCUCGACAUACCUCUGAGCUAACAGCUCCGAAACCGCACAUAUACCUAGAGAGUAGCGGCAUUACCGUGAGUGCUAAGCAGUCUCAAACGUUUCUCGAUGUCGUCCAGGACUAUCUCCCGCAAGAAAAUGAAGACACGCGCAACUACCCCACAGCAUCAGAAAAGAGGGACAAUCAUACAUUUUUGAACGUGCACAAGGGCGAUAUCGUUCAUCUAAUCGCAAUUGCACCCAAUAAUCUCGUCCAGGUGCGCCUUGUCAACGGUAUGGGUCAAGGUCUAGUACCCACCCGAUGUCUAGCUUUGAACCGCAAUCUAACGCCUUCAAUGUCACCAGAGCUCGAUUCAACUCCAGAGGCCUUCCAGUCACCAACUCGUAGAGUAGCCAAAUCUGCAGCAGCCGCCUCGCUUUUUUCGUCUUCACCGGCUUCCUUUUCGCCAACUCACCAACAACCUGAUAUCAGAAGCUGCGAGGUCGAGGCCAUCGAUCUGUGGGACAAUCGAAUAUGGUACAAGAUCAGGUGUGUGAUGAAAACAGGCCAUCAUCGAGUGUUGUCUAGAUUCUAUCAGGAUUUCUACUCCCUUCAACUUCUAAUCAAAAAUCAGUUGGUGGGCGAACACGGUGAGAUUAUUCAGGGACUUUUCCCCUUACUUCCGUCCCCUUGCCGAUCUAUUACUCCGUGCCAAAUCAAGAGUCGAAUCGCGGAAUUCAAUAGCUACCUUGGCAACAUCCUGGGCUCAUCUGCUAUACCGGAAGACGUCAAAAUCGAUGUUAUCCAAAACCUUUGGCUAUCUCCCAAACCUGGGGAUGUAGUCAUCACGCCGCGUGGCUCAACAUUCAAAGUUUCGCCCUCAAUUUCGGGCAGUGAGUCCUGGGAAGCUGUCUCUGAUAAGUCACAAAGCUCGAUUAACGACUUUGCCAAGCACCUGGAUCCGGCGAUUGGUAUCAAAAGCAGAGCUGUAUCUUUCUCUGCAAGGAGGUCGACAUACGAGUCGUCAACGAUACAGAGACAAACCCAAUCUGCGCCAGCAACACCUGCGCUCUCUAAAUUUCAAUUUGAGGCUCCUGGUCAAGAAGUGAAAGACAUCAAGGUGAAGUUUGUAUAUGACGAAGAGUGCUAUGUCGCUAAAUGUGCUGCUUCGGAGCUUCAAUCGUACCAGCAAUUGGAUCGCUUGUGUCAUGCUAAACUAACAGGUUGUUUGCCUGAUGCCACGUUCCCAUUGGAAAUUUCAUUGAUCAACGUCAACAACAAGCCUGUAGUUCUAACGGAGAAGUCAUUCCGCCCGUCAAUCGCGGAAUUCCAUUCUGGAAAGUUGGCUUCACACAAUAUGACAUGUUCCAACUUGAAGAAGUUGGUGUUGCACGUAACGCCAUUGAAGUAG